GCAACAGGCGUGUCCCGUCUCCAAAACAAGCGCUCCCGUGCCGCCGGCCGCUGACGUCACUCCGCCUCUCUCUGUGUUUAUGAUGUGGUUUUUAAGGAGCAGCUGCUAACUAGCUAGCAUUGAGCCUCGUCUUCAAACAUGCUCUGAUUUAUACACCCGGGCAGGUUUGAAGGACAGAGAUGGCAGUGUGUGCACUGACCAUGCUGGAUGGGAUGGAGACUGAGGUAACGGCAGCAGGUGGCGUGUUGCUCCUGGUCCUGGCCCUCGUCUUCGCUUGGCUCUCGACUCACGUGGCCGACCGGGGAGACCACAUACUGGGCACCAUCCUCACCGUGGGCGCUCACGCCUCUCUGAUCGGACUGGGAGGCCACGACAGCUACAGCGGAGGGUCUCCCGGCGCUGACGCCCCGGAGCAGCAGGCUCCUCAGCCUUCUCAGGAGAACAAGCCGGACGACGGCGAGCCGGGGCCUGAGAGAGGAGAGGGCGAGGGGACUGGGGAGGGAGCUGAGGGGCUUAGGACUGAUCUCCUGCUGGACAUACAGAGCAAACAACCACAGGCUGGAAGACUGCAUACUUCAGAUGAGGAGGAGGAUGAUGAGGAGGAUGACGAUGAGAUGGAGCUGGAGGAGGAAGAUAAAAAGAUUAUAAAGCAUAUCCCAGUGUUGUCCAGCACCAUCUCCACCCCCAUCACCACCACUACUGCCACUUCCAUCUCUGUCCGUCUGAAGUAUUUAAAUGACACGGAGGAGGUAGCUGUUGUAGAACCACAGGAUACUGUGGGAGUACUGAAAAGUAAAUACUUCUCAGGUCGGGAGCAUCAAAUAAAACUCAUCUACCGGGGCCAGUUGCUGCAGGAUCCCAAGAAGACUCUGUUUUCCCUAAACGUCACACACAACAGCGUGAUCCACUGCCACAUCUCCCAGGCCUUGCACGAGGAUGAUACCCCAGAGGAAGGGGCUCAGUCCGGGGCCGGAGCAGGAGUCGGGUCUGGGUCCUCCGGAGGGUUCAGGGCCGCCGGCGUGGCCAUCAGCACCAGCAGCCUGGUGGUGCCCGUGUUCGUGGUGAUACUGGCCGUGGUGUGGUACUUCCGCAUCAACUACAGGCAGUUCUUCACCGCCCCUGCGACCAUCUCCCUGGUGGGAGUCACUGUGUUCUUCAGCUUUCUGAUAUUUGGGAUGCACAGCCGCUGAAAAGGCAGAGAGACGGCACACACUUACAGCUGGAUGUUGUCAGGUGAAAUAAAAAUAACUACAGCUGUGGGCGACGUCUGGAGAGACUAAUCAAAACGGGGCUCGGUGCAGAUGCCACAGCUGAUUGGAGCGUGUGUGUGUGUGUGUGGAUGGCUGGGUGAGCCUGUAUGUGCAUGCACCAAGACAAAACAACAGAUGAGUGAUUGUACAGUAUAUGUGGAAUAAAUAAUAAUCUGCAGUGAGUGAAGUUCAGCAAAACUGAACCGUACUUUAGCUCCUCUCCAAACAUGACUUAGUGGUUCACACCAUGUUUAAACACUCUGGCUUUAUCUCGUCCGCUCUUUUAUUGUUGCUUUCAUGUUUGUCUUUUUUUUUUUUUUUAGGCCACUGUUUGUGUUU